UGCCAGUCAUAUUGGACUUUGCAAUGUGGCCCAAGGACGACGAAGCACUUAAGCGGUAUGGCGACAAGGCAAUUUUAGAACUGAAAGAGUUUUACCAGGCUUUACUUAUUCAGAAUCGAUGCAACAUUGACAAAGUCGUCUCAGAAUGGAAUCGUUUGAAGUGCCACCUCAAAAGCUACAUAGUUGGAGCAGAAAAAAAGGAAAAAUACGUAAAUGUAUGGCAAAGCAUCUGGGAAAAUGUUAUAAUGCAAAAAGAGUGCAAAAUUGUACUGCAUAUAAUUGAAUUGUUGCUCAUAACACCAUUCACGAAUGCCAAGGUGGAGCGUUUAUUUAGCCGAAUGAACAGAAUUAAGACAACUCUGCGAAAUCGUUUGAGUACACAACGACUCGACGCUCAGCUAAGAGUUGGUGAAGAAGGAUGCCCGCUAGCUGAAUUCAAUGCGGAGGAAGCUCUCCAAUAUUGGCUAGAGCAAAAGAUUAGACGCCCAAAUGGUGCAAAACCACGAAAGUAUCCAGCAUAAAGGCAAUCAAAGUCAGCAUCAUCUACAAACGUUGUUGAUAUUGCAGCAGCUACGCUUUCCGAUUUGGAAGAGAACGAAUGCGAGGAUUUUAGUUUAUAGUUUUUAAUAUUAAUAAAAAAUAUUAGCG